AUGAGUCAAGAACAUGGUGAGUUCAAAGCUCUUUUCGACGAGGUUCUAAUUUUUCCCAAGUUUUUCUAGUCGCCGACAGCUGGGAAGAUGCCGACGCCGAUCCAGUCAAAGAAUUGAUGGAAAAAGUGGAAAAGGUGAGCGAAUUCUGAAUAUGCUGAUAAAAAACAAACCAUUUAUUUUAGGUGAAAAUUCUGCAACGGAAGGAAGAAAAGAAAGAGGCCUUCUUUGAAAAAGUGAAGGCCGAAGAGAGCGGUUUGAAUGGAACGAAGUAAAAUAAAUUACAUUCUCUCGACAUAAUAUUGACUUAUUCAGAUUUCCAACUGAAGAAGGGAGCGGAUUGUCUGCCGAGGAACCGAAACGAGUUUUCCUCCGGCGUCCGAAAGACGGAUUCGCAGCUGAAACCGUUAUUGAUUUGUCUUCACCGCCGAGUAAUUCUGCUCCGGAGCCAACUGUAAACGCUCGCGGGCGCAGCGAAAAGAGCAGCUCAAAGGAGUCGAAACAACCUGCUCCAACUCUGGAAGAACGACAAGCGGCUUAUCAAGCUGCUCGGGAUCGGAUCUUGGGCUCCGAGUACAAACCGGAUUCUCAAGAAAUUAAAGAAAUCAAGUUCAUCGACCGAUCAAAAUCCCCGGAAACUCUGCGGAUGACCGAACAGAACAUGGUGGAGCACUACGGAGAAGAGCUGAGCCGCGAGCUGAUGACUCCUGCCGAGCCUCCAGUCAUCCCACCUUCGGAAAUAACAUUCGUUCCGGAUUUCUCGGUAAGUGAAUGCAAUUGUCAAUGCAUGCUCUUAAAUUUGAAUGUCUGCGUGCUUCUGAUUUCAUAACCCUUCUCUAAGUUCUUUCAGCAACCUCCGCCCAAUCUUCCUCCACACGACGGUAGCGAGGGGUACAACGGACCGCCCGGCUUCCAACAAAUGCAGCAACACUUCCCACCACCGCAUCAACAUCAACAUUACAUGGAAAAUCCCUUUUACGUUCACAUGAACAAUCCAGCUGCGAUUCAGUUCCAGAACCAGGCCGGAGGAUUCCAACAAUACAGAGCACAACAGGAGGCAUCCGCCAUUUCGUCUUGUUCGCAAAAUAGCGCCAUCGAGCCACAGAACGAGCAGCAGCAGCAGCCGCAACAGACUGUCUUCUACUGUCAACAGCAACAUCAGCAGCAGCAGCAACAACAAAUGGUUCGUUGAAACGACAGUUAUUUAACAGAACUGACUGAGAUGUUCGUUUUGAAAACUAGCACAACUUCUACAUAUUCCCAUUUCAUUUAUUCACUUCCUUCUAAGUUUCAGGCUUACGUGCCGUACAAUCUGCCGAACAUGGCCUACCCACCUCCGAACUUCACUCCACAAGGCCAGCAGAGCCAGCAGAUGAUGAUGAAUCAGAUGAAUCAUCCCCAAAUGAUUCAGAUGCAGCAGCAGCAUAUUCAGCAGUCCCAAGGCCAGAGAAUGAACAAUUUUCAAGUGCCGAACGGGCAAAAUCCGCGUGGCGGGGCUGUCAAUGGAGGCGUCGGAAGGGGACAGAACAGACAGUUGAUAUACCAGAUGGUGCCGCCGAUGGCCGGUCAAAUGGCUCAUCCGCCACCGAUGGCACCGCAAGUGCAUCAGAAUCAGAAAGGACAGGCUUACAACGGACGGAACGGAGGAAGCGGCGGACAGGGACAACAGAGACAAUUCCAGCAGAAUCAGCAGAACGGACAGUUCCAGAACGUGCAGAAUGCCGGACGGAAAAACGUGAAUAAGAACGGAAAGACUGGGGCGAGAAACGACGGAAUCCCGCAACAACAGCAGAACAAUUUUACUUCUCAGGCACAUAUUCCGAUGAAUUUGGCUGCCGGUCAGAAUCCGAUUCCAUUCGGGUGAGUGAGCAGCCCUGCCUUCCUCCUUCAUUCCCUCCCUUUCAGAUGUCCACCUCGUCAAGUGAAUGCCAUCCGGGAGCAGUACGGCAACAACGUUCGGCCCAAUCCGGGCGCAGGGCUUCUCGGACCGCAUCCGUUGAUGCAAUGGAACCCGAACGCCCGGCAAUAA